UCGGAUUUUUUCACGCUAAAGUUACACACAUUCGAAAAACCCGUCCCGCAAAUAAUAGGUGAAGUGGUCUGAAAGGUGUGCAUGUGCGAUUGCUUCUAUUUCGGGCAACCACCAGUGAGGAUUAUAAUUGGGAAGACACUUCGAAGUCGCUCGAUGAGCCAACAAUGGCAAAUACGCCGCAAUCAAAUCAUCGCAUUUCGGGUUAUUUGGAGAAGAAAGCCAAAUUGAGACUGGGUUCGCCGUGGAAAAAGUAUUGGUUUGUGCUGGAAGGGCGGCUGCUACUUUACUACCGGUCGAAGGACGAAUACGAAUCCCUCAGUCCUUGCAAGGGUUCGAUUAAUCUUUGCCCGCCCUGCAACGUAAAACCGGCCAUGUCAGUUAGUGGCGUUUUUCAAAUCGAGUGCCGUGCCAGCACAAUCAUUUUGCGAGCGGAAGAUCGAUCUCAACAGGAACAAUGGAUGCAAUCACUACUCAGUGCAAUCGCCCAACCACAAUCGAAUUCAAAUCGUAUGAGUCACUUCAGGUACUCGCUGGACGAUCUUCCCAUUCCAAACCAAAAACCGGGAAGAUUAUGCCGUCAAAAUACAAUGCCUCAUCGCAACUCCCCAUCCUCGAAAGACAUAAUCGAGCGUCUCCAGAAAAUUGGCGCACAAACCUAUCGUGUUACCACUGGUGCUAUAGCGAAAAUUACUCAGAAAGAUCAAAAUGGCGAAAUACAGAAGUCGCAAAGCGCAGAGCAAUUACCGCAAUACAGCGUGAUACUCGAGGAAAAUUCUUCUGAGAAGAACAACGAUAUUGGUGUGAGUGUAGACAAUGAGCAUUACGUUGCAAGUGCAGAAGUCGAUGAAGAAAACCAUAACACGGAGGCCCACAUUCGCACAGAGAAUCAGCGCAAUGUAGAUCAUAUGUACGACAGAUGCUCAAGGCAGUCCUUGGAGGAUGGUUACUCGACGGUUGAUAAAUUCAAAGACACAGAGCACGAAGUUAGCAACGAUCAAUAUGUGAUUACGGACAAUGAGUUUUUAUACUGCGCUAUCGACAACCCAAAGGAGGCAUUGUAUGAGGAUCCUGAAAAUUUGAAGGUUGAACCUUCACUACCUCCACGUCCGCACCUUCGCAAACACUCUGAAGACGCAUUUAGUCAAGCUUCCUCAAAUGAAGACACAAACAAAAGAAAAAAAAGUAAGUUUCUCUUCCGUCACUUACGAAAGUAUGAUAAAAAGUUAGAUGAGGAAUUGAAAAAGAAACCGAAAAGUAGGACGGCGAGUUUCUUGAAGCGGGUUUGGAAAAGGAAGGCGAAGUCAAUUGAUGCUCAAGAAGACGUAGCGUAUGAGGCGAUCGAUUAUGAGGUGAUAGAGAAACAGAUACAGCAAAACAAAAAUGAUUUGCAGAUGCUGCAGGAGUUACAGGAUAUUUUGGAGUCGCGCAAGUGUAUCUUACAGGAAAGGUUGAAGUCGAACAGUCAACGUGCAACAAGAAACUCUCUCCCUAAUGUAGAUAAAUUGGAAUGUGUCGAAAACUGGGAAGAUAGAAAAAAUGAGGAAGUUAAACCAAGCAUACCACCAAAACAAUUAUCGCCAUCGAGCACUACACUUUCACCCUCUGACAGCUUAAACAAUAACGAAAUUAAAUCAAUAGACGAAAUUCUCGAGGAUUUAGAUAAAGAAAAGGAAGCUUCAGAAUCAAAGCAGAAAGUAAAGGAGUUAAUAGAAAAAUUCGAAGUCCAAAAUGAAGAUGAUGUUAAAAUGCGUCCAAAAUCCAAACAGCUGCACUUUAUCAUCGGAACCGAUAGUUGCAGCCGACAUUCAGAGGGGCUUAAUGAACUCCUAGAAAAACUCUGUAAGGUUACCUGUGCGCCAGUGUUAAAACCUGGCGUUACCAGCAGUUUGGUAACUCCUACGCUAACAGAUGAAGAGUGGUUGAAAGUGAUGCCAAUAAGAUAUAGGCGGCUAUCAGAACCCGAUUACGACAUUCCUAGAUCUCAUCGUUCUUUGCAUUUGCCAACACCUGCAAAAACUUCAGAAACCCCGAUAAUUGCGACAAGAUUCUUUGGGCCAAUUUUAAUCCCGGAGGCUCGACCACGAGGCAUCGAUUCCAAACCUUCGACCAUGGAUCCGGAUUCGUUAGAGGUUGACAGAUCAGAUCCGGUUUCACACAAUUUCCAAAAGGAGGAUCAAGUGAUUUAUGCGCAGCCCAAAUCGCUGUCUGUUGGAGUUGAGGACUGCGCCGAAAAUAUGCCAAGCGACCCAGACUGUGAUAAGAAUGCCAAUGAGAAUUUAGAGGGUGCAGUUGCAGUAAAGGAAGAAAUGUUUGUAGAUUCCUUAGAACCUCUUGUUGAAAUUUCUACUAUUUUUUGAAUCUUUCUAGUAUGAUCCAUUGAACCAAAGAAAUUUGUACUUUGAUAGCUAAAA